GCCGCUUGAUAUCUCGCGUAACGAGAUCAAGUGAGAUUUAUAUUGAAUAGGUGAUGUAUAUUUGAUCAUUUCUAUUUUUAGACUUUGAUCGGCAUCACAAUAAUUCAAAACCCCCAUAAUUCAUCGUUAAAAGUUCCGCGAAGGGUCGUAUCAACGAGUACGACGAAGUUUAACUUAUACGUUAUUCAAAGGACGCAAAAGAAGAAGGAUGAGGAUCAUCGAUAGGUGACUACGUUUAAUCAAUUCAUCAUCUUAUACGCACAUAAUAUAUGUGCAUACAUUCUUCUUCCGAGCAUUCUAAAAGGAAAAUAUGAGCAUAAGAAAGAAAAGAUUGAGCUUCAUUUGUCAAACGAGAAGUCAAGUCAAUUUUAUGGAUAUCACAUGGUUUUAUGGAUAUAAUACGACAACCGACCGGAAAUGGGCCAGACUUUAUACGACGUUCUCGACACUGCGACGCACCUAUUAUCGAAACAUUAGUAUAUUGUCAUCGUAGAUUCAUCAUCCCAAUGAAGCCGGUGUUUCGUUUUUCAUUCUUCUACCCACCAUUAGGUGCAAACCAGUCUUCCACGAGGAUGUUCGUAAAUGUCGACCCCGAACUCCUUGGUCUAACAAUAAGAGAAGCGCGACAUUUAAACCCUUGAUCCUCGGAGGCCCGUCGAGAACUUCAAACGAGCAAUAGCGGGGAUCGGUUCGGUGAGUGAGAACGAAACCAUUAGAAAGGUAUUUUUGGUUUAAACCGCAAUGUGCGUCGACGAAAAGACGAGAAGAAAGAUUCAAGGAUGAAUGUUUCGAGGCCUUGCAGCUGAUCCUCUGAUCCCGAUGCCGCGCGGCUCUAAGGGCAAAAGUCUCAUCUCGUCACCGCUGCACCACGCCAUUAUAAACUGCACGGGGAGUAGAAACGUAUUUUGACAUCUCUGACAGUUUGACGAGCGCAUUCUUAUGGUAAUAUCUUUUCAGGGGAAGAAAGGAAUAAAGAAAGGAAGUGAGAAAAAUGUUCGAGCUUCUCAUUCCCACCUCGGUGCAGCAUGCCCAUAUCUCACUGCCUGCCCUCCAAGCUACGACGUGAAAGACGCACGACGUUUAUUGUGAAUUUUUGAACAAGAAUUUCAUUUUAUCUCGAAACUGCAAGAUUAUAUAGACGCGAUGGAGAUCUGCGCGGUACGGAGAAAAGGAGGCGAGGAGGGGGGUGAGUUUCUAGCAAAAAGAUUGCGAGAAGAAUGCAAUAUAAGAUAGAAAAGGGAGACUGAGAAUGUCAUACGAAGAUCGGGAUGCUAUACCUACCAUGCUACACUACACCGCUCUACACUACGCUGGAAAACGGAUCUAGACAAAGUGUAAGUGCGCGGCGGCAACGAUUGAAAAGUGAAAAAACAUAAAGCUGAAUGUUCGUUGUACUUUACUACUAGGCGCUUCAGAUUCCACUUACUCAGUACUGUGUGUAUACGUAUAUAUGCGUAUACCUAUUGCCGUAUACCAACGACGACGAUUCUCUUCUCUCGUUUAUAACUUUCCUUUCAAACGGUGCACCGUACCGCAAACUACAAACUGCAGUAUUACAUAAUAUCAUGCUAGGGAUGAUGGGAAACGGGAAAUGAAACUUGAAUCAGAGAAUAUAGCAACUGCAACCGGCAAACAAGAGAGUUAAUUAAACCCUGCAGCGACCCACACCGAUGGAAAAUAGGGUUGAAUUACAAUGCCGGUGGAGGACACGUCGGACGCUAAGCUUAUAACGCUCUCUACAUAUAACACUUAAAUACUUUUUCUCCGGUGGAACGGCAAAGCUUCCUCUCCUCGUGAUGAAGAAUUUUGUCGGAAUCUUUGGCGAAAAGGGCGUAUCCCUGGAAUUUAAAGACACGAUCCAAGGCUGAUUCUACGCGUGAUUCUGCACUUGGACGAAAUUCGAACUAUAAUAUCAAUUAGAAAAAAGAAUAAUGCAUUACGAUAUAAAAACGACUGAAUCCGGAUGCAUGCAUAUUCUUGGUUUCUGAUGCCGUGACGUACAGAACUAGCAAAUGUUGCUGAUUAUGAAAGAAACGAAAAAAGACGAAGAGACGAUAGGACAAGUAUUAUAAUUAUACACAAAGUGAUGAUCAUUGCGUGGAAAGCUUUCGACCGUGAAUUGUUCGAGGAUUACAUUGAUCUGCAUAUCACAAAUUGAGAGAAACGAGAGUUUGACAGAAGAAAAAAAGCGUCGAGGGAGAGAAAAGACUUCAAGAUUCUUCCUUAUUUCGGAUCCGUCAUCAUGGCUGGGUCGGGUGUUAGCGUCGGUGGGACUUCGAUGCUUCGAACUCGAAGGCGAGAUGUUAGCAUCAAACCCAACCGACGUCUAGACAGGAAAUCAUCACGUGGCAUGAUAUAUGAAAAUGAAGAACUCAGACUGAGGACUAUAAACAUCAACGCGGAAGUUGAGCAAGGUCAAAAUGAUAUAAAAAAAUUACGAAGAGAAAAUGAACAACUGAGGAGAGAAAUUUGGAGCUUACGCGACGAGUACGACAAACUUGAAGAACUCGUUAAAAAUCAAAGCAGCCAUGGAAGCAGCGAUGAACUCGAAGGACGCUCGGGCGAAGAAGAUAACGUUGAAGGUACGUACUGUACGGAGGAGUAUUCGGGGGAUGAAGACGUUUUGGUAGAAGAAGAGGAGGAGGAGGAGGAAGAGGAAGAAGAAGAAGAGGAAGUCGAAGAAGAACUCGCGACGCGAAAAAAUGAUCGUAGCCUUCAAGAAGAGCAUCUAGAUAACGCUGAGAACCAGAAAAUAUCAUCGGAAAAAAUGAACGCCAAUACACACUGCAGAUUACACGUUGAGUUUGACGAUCUCUCUGUCGUAGAUGAAGAGGAGGAGGUUAAAAAAGAUAGAGAUCAGAAGGAUUCGGUUGUCUCGAAUAACGGUACAGUACAACAACCUGUAGAACAUGUAUCGAGGAAUGAGACGACGAAUUUCAACCCUUCCGAAUUGGGGUUCAGAUAUUUUCCGUCGUCCGUAGUUCAGGCAACGUCAUCUUUGGCCAAUUUACAUGGUAAUAACUUGACCGCGUCCGAACGAAAGUAUUUAAACGAUUCUCCAUUCGUAUUUCCGAAUCCAUCGGAUCCGAAUUAUCCAAAGAUGCAUCUGCCAACGGAUAAUACGUCGAGAAUGUAUCCCGGCCAAUUGACGGAGCUGCCGAGUCUAGACACUCCGGGAAUCGGAACCGUCGAUAAUGUAUUUGGAAAUAACGAAUUCGACGGUAGAAGAAUCGACCUGACUUCGGUUCAAAAUGGGACAAGAAUACCGAAUAUUUUCAAUUACGGCGAUAACACGUUACCUCAAAGACGGAACGUUCAGUUUAAAAAAUUUUUCAACGACACACCACUCUGCGCAAGUUCCAGUGCGGAGACACCGAAUUCCGGUGACGCCGUCGGCCAAAACGGAUGGGACUUCGGCAAUAAUUCGACGACUAAUCGCCACGGUAACAAUAAACCUGUAUCAACGACGAAACAUUUCUUUGCACCACUCCCGUCCAGGCUGCGGUUGCAACGGACGCCCGAAGAAAGGUUUGACGUUACAACGGGGGCGACUAGUUCUGGAAGUGAAAAGACCAGUUCAACCGUUAUAUCGAGAGCUUGUCAUCUCAAUCCGAAAGGAACUGCCGACGUAUGCGUCAACGGUGGAUUUCCAAUCGAUAAAGUUAACCAUGAGAAUCUUCUGAGCUACGAAGAUGUCUUGAUCGGAGAAGCGGGUAACGUCUCCAGUCAGAGCUCCGGUAAUCCUUUGGUAAAGUCACUGUCGUGUCAGGACUUGUCAAGCGAUCAAACCCAGAGUAUAACCUUUCCGGAGAAACUUAAAAUGUUCAACGGUGAUCAAGGAGAUGUUCAGAAACUCAUAACAAAAAGUGACAACACCUUGGACAGUAUUCAAAAGUCGGAGAGCAGACCGUUCAGAAGUCAGUUGAACGUUACUCUGAAAUUACCGAAAUCCAAAGCCGUAGAUAUCAGCCCGAACGACACUCCCGAGAUUCCGAAAUUACCAACGAUCAAUUACAGGCUGUUCAAUAACCCAUUUCUCCAGAGUUUUGAACAGGAAUGCGCGGCUAGUUACGCGGCUCUGAAUUUCGAAUCUCCGGUUACGAGGCCGCUUUCCGUACAAGUAAACCCGAGUCCCGUAAUGGGUUGUUUUCAGCAGCCCGUCAAUCAGACGGGAAUUACGGAAAACUAUCCGUGGAGUUUGAGAGGAGCUCAGAAACAGGCGGAGAAUGAAUCCAGGCUUCUUUUAAUGGCAGCUGGACAAUUGCGGAACCUAGAGGAGAGAAAUUUUGGAAGACAUCCGAUAGGUUUCGAGGUCACGUCAUUCGAGGGACCUAAUCCGAAGACGAUCGUUCAUCCUAACGUGGAAAGUGAUACCAUGAGAAGAAUUGGAAUUCAAAAACAAUGCAUGAAUUCCGCUAACGGAAACCUGAAGAGCGCGGCUGUUCAGACGCAGACUUCGGUCGACUGUCCGGAUCAAAAAACGGACGAACCCGAAUCGGAUGUAAUAAACGGUGUUCCCGGAUCUCCCUUGACGCUGAGGCGCAAGCGAACGCUGAGGAAAGAUCGUUCCGGUUCCGUGAAGGAUGCCUCGUCAAAACGACCGCUUUCUCCAGCCGCCCAACGUCGCAAAGAAAGACUCCGAAAACAGAACAGCGUAACAUCGACUAAUUCGCCCCCGGAGUCACCGGCGAAGACACCUCAAAGGUCGAGAAAGUUCAGCGUGACGACAUCGACCUCUCCCGAAGUCCAGGAUAAAAACGAAAGCAGAUCUUCGUCGUCGGGUCAGGAUUCCCCAAAAAAGGCGGAGCAGAGAAGGAGGGUCUCGUUGUACUUUAGCUCUAAAAAACGGCCAUCUUUAAUCUCGACUAAAACCGAGGGAAGAAGAUCCAACAACGAGUGUAUCGGUAAUCUCAAAGACCGUAGAUACUCGUCGUCAACUAUCAAAGCCGAUAUCCUACAGGACGCCACCACCACUAAUUCGGAAAGGGAAAGAACAAAUUCCGUCAGCAGUAGAGACACUGCGACCAAGGAAAGAAAACUCAGUACUGGAAGUGGAAAAGUUCCAUGGUGCGCUUGCUGGGGGAACGGGUGUGUUUAGUUAGUGGUGCCAAUGAGGAACGAUUCUCUGCGAUUAAAUAACAAAGAAAAAAAAAAAAACGAAAAAAUAAGAGAACAAAAGGUGUGACGAGUUUACUGAAAUUCCAUUCUAGUUUUUUUUUUCUUCUUUUUUUUUCUAAUAUCCUUCCUUCUAAUAAUUACGUGAUUCGCAGAAAACCACGCGCGCCGCACUAUCGUAAGACCUGCCCCUCUUCCUUUCAUCUUGGAUCUCGAUUUCUCCCGCAAUCAAAAUGUAAAUUAAACUCUAGAGUCUCAGAGGGUGAUCCUUUGCUUAUAUCUAAUUCUAUACAUCUAUGCAUUGGAAUGGGUUUCCGAGGGUUCGUGCAUUACUGUACGUCGACGAGCUCCUCCUCACACGUCGUCACACGUACACGGUUGGCUUUUGGAUAAUUUACUAGACAAUUUAUGAAAAAAGUUACAGAUUUUCUGUCUAUAUCCACGCAAGCCCAAUUUUUAUUUAUCAUUUUUUUUUUAUUCUAUAAAAUAUAUCGAUAGUAAUAAUGGAUAUCUGAUCAGAAUGAAGAACGUUAUAUUUAUUGAAUCAUAUGAAAAAGAAGAAGAUCGUCUUGUACGGCACUUUUAAUUAUCAUAAGGUAACAUAAGAGAUAAAUUCAUAAUGUGUAUAUUGCGUAACGUGAAUGUUUUAGAAAAAAGAAAAAAAAAACAAGCAAAGUAUCAUUGUACGACUGAUUGAUUAUUACAUCGCGAACAUUUCUAUUUCGAAUUUUAUGCCUCAUUAACGCCAGACAUUUCCUUUUUUUUUCUCUAUGUUAUAUUAUUAGAUGUAAUCGACGAUUAUUGAUUUUCUGCUUUUUAUCGUUCGAUUCGUUCUAAAACCGGCUCAGCUUAUGGCUACGGCAUAUUCAUACGUAUACGUAUGCGUACGAUUAAACCGAAGUCGGAUGUAAAAGCGAGCUUACGUGUGGUUGGGUCGGGAGAUCGUCGAUGAAAGGAUAUUUUAUACCUCACAUAUAACAAGGGGGGGGAAAAGAAAAAAAAAACAGAAAAAAAUGUAUGGUACUAAAGAUGUCGGGUAUAGGUAUAAGUAUCAUUAAACGGAAUGCCAACGAGCGAACGAAAGGCGUGCUAUGUAUGUAAGGGUUAUAUAGUAUAUACCAAUGGGCGCAGAGAGAUAUACAUACAGGUAAAUAUAUUAUCAGGUACGAUUUUAUGAUAUACGAUUUUACGCGUGAGGUGUAAUCAAGACUUAUUAUCUUAACUGACGAUGUAACCAGGAGAUAAUCGCUCACCGUUUAACUAUAAAUAUUAAAAGAAGAUAUACGAUUCUUAA